UGCUACAUUUACUUAUUCUCUAAAAAGUAUUCUUGAGCGUAAAGGUCCAUUGAUUUGACUAGCGCUUACUUGGAAAGAAAAGUUUUCAGCUUUUAAGACACUCAUUUUCUCUCUGUUAAAAGAUUCUGAGUGAGGGGUUUUGUUCUCUUGCAACUUAAGUUGUAACUUUUUCUCGAAAAUAAAUAGUUGAAGCAAAUAUUUCUCUUAUUAUGCCACGAGGAGAUGCCACGUCAACUGGUUAUCUGACGUCACUGUUUAUAAUAAAUUCCACAAAGCCUAGGUUAAGGAAAAAAAAAGCCUUGGAGAAGAGGUUUAGGUGUUGGUUGCGAUAAAAGCCUUGAAGAAGAAGUUUGUUGUUUUCCUCUGUAUCUGUAUACAUCUAAUCUGUUUCUGCUUAUUGCUUGCUGUGAUAGCUUUCUUUCGAUUUGGUGGCUUAGGUCUUGGGGACCAUAUGCCUACUACCGCUUUUGAUGGAACACUCAAGGAGGAGAAGUGUGUAAGUCAGCAAACGAAAGCAAAGACGUUCACUUCUCUCUAUGCCACUCCUAAAGAGAUCCCACUUGCUUAUUCCCCGUAUUCCUCCCCUCCAUCUCCCUAUAUCGUCAACCACAAAGCACGAAGACCAGCUCUUCUUUUGAAGAGCUCCUCUGAGCUGGAUGUCGAUGUGGAGGCUACUACUACUACCUUCUCUUUGAGGAAGUCUACAUCCUUAUCAAUUCCUAUCAGAGAGGCGGAUGACACCAAUGGCCUUCAUGAACGUCCUGUUUGGGAUUCUACUCCCCCUCAGCCUCAGGGGACAUUUUGGGACGACAAGUAUGCAAGUCAUAUCAGUAAUGGUGAGAUCGGAGGAAGCGCUAAUGCUGACAAUUGCUUAGCAUGGGAAAGUUUCGUGUUGGAGCCAGUCAGAAUAAAAGCUAACAAGGAUAAUGAACCUGACUAUAUCUAUAACAGAGGCCAAUCAGUAAGCAAUUCAGAUGUAGAAGAUGAUGCAGGAGCUGAAAAUUCACUCGAAAUCUCUUCAUCUGAUGGUGGGGAGUUUUAUGAUGCUCGUGAUGAACUAUCAUCAACCGACAGCGGAACGCCGAGUUCAGUUAACAAGAUUGAAGCUGAGCUGAGGUUGAGUUUGGUGAUGGAAAGCGAGAAGAGAAGGAAAGCAGAGGAGACUUUGGAGCAAAUGCAAGUUCAAUGGCGGAGGCUCCGAGAGCAGUUGGCCCAUGUGGGUCUGUUCGUUCCCCUUGAUCCUACCAGAACCGAAUACAUCAUGAACAUAGCAGAUGAACUACGUUGUCAACUCGAGGUCACCAGGUUUGUCUCUGACUCGCUUGACAUUGACUUGGCCAAGGCAGAGGUAGAGAUGGAGAUGGCUUCUGAGCUUGAAGCUAAGAAAUUUGAAAUCAAACAGUUAUCUAACCGCCUUCACUAUUACGAGACUGUAAACCGGGAAAUGUCCCAGCGCAACCAAGAGUCCAUAGCAGAGGGUGGAAGGCGAGAGGGGAAGAAGAAGAGAAAGAGGAGGCAGAGAUGGAUUUGGGGAUCAAUUGCAGCAACAAUGACGCUUGGUGGUGCAGUCUUGGCUUGGCCAUACUCAUUGACAAAUGUAGGUCAACCUCAGCCAUCACCAAGCAAUGGGGCUCCCUAGUCUGAGGAGUGAGGAAGAAGCGAAAGUUUAGGACUUGUGAAUAGAGGAAUAUGAAUAUAUAUAUAUAUAUAUAUGGUUUGCUUUUUCUUUUCUUUCUUGUACUUGGUUUUGUCGAGAAUUUGAAUAUGAUGAGGAAAUCAAUAAACAGCUUCAUGCUGCGACCGUGUAAAGGGAUCAUGGUGAUAUACCAAUUUUGGUUAGUCCCUAA